AUGGCUAUAACACGCGCCUCCUUGGCCAUAUGCCUCCUCCUCUCUUUGGUUACCAUAGCCACCGCUGAUUACUACUCCCCCUCAACUCCUCCGGUUUACACCCCACCAACCCACAAGCCUACACUCCCACCUCCGGUUUACACUACACCAGCUCACAAACCCACCAUUCCACCACCGGUUUACACACCACCCACAUACAAGCCAACCCUCCCACCACCGGUUUACACACCACCCACAUACAAACCCACUCACCCACCUCCAGUUUACAAGCCUACUCUCUCUCCCCCGGUCUACACUAAACCCACUAUCCCUCCUCCAGUCUACACUCCACCAGUAUACAAGCCAACUCUUUCCCCUCCAGUCUACACCAAACCAACCAUUCCACCUCCGGUUUACAAGCCUACCCUCUCUCCCCCGGUCUACACUAAACCCACUAUCCCUCCUCCAGUCUACACUCCACCGGUUUACAAGCCAACUCUUUCCCCUCCGGUCUACACCAAACCAACUCUCCCACCUCCGGUUUACACUCCACCAACAUACAAACCAACCCUCCCACCUCCAGUUUACAUUCCACCGGUUUACAAGCCAACUCUCUCUCCCCCGGUCUACAAAAAGUCUCCGAGCUAUUCUCCUCCAACUCCUUACGUCCCAAAACCAACCUACUCUCCACCCACCAAGCCAUACGUCCCAGAGAUUCUUAAAGCCGUUGAUGGCAUCAUCCUCUGCAAAAACGGUUACCAAACCUACCCAAUUCAAGGAGCAAAGGCCAAGAUUGUGUGCUCCGAGCCAGGAUCAUACGGGCAUAGCAAGAAGGAUGUUGUGAUCUACAGCGAUCCAACUGACUCCAAGGGAUACUUCCAUGUGUCAUUGGCCAACAUCAAGGACCUACUUCAUUGUCGUGUCAAGCUCUACACAUCUCCUGUCGCCACUUGCAAUAACCCGACCAAUGUCAACAAGGGUCUCACCGGAGUUCCAUUGUCUCUGUACGGAUACCGUUACCACGCCGACAAGAACUUGAAGAUCUUUAGCGUCGGACCUUUCUACUUCACCGGUCACAAGGCUGCUCCAACCACUCCCAAAUACUGAUCAUGAUCACAUCAUUAUCGAAACUAUCUUGCAUGGAUUUUAUAUUAUAUAUGAGGUCACAUUAACCAAUUUAUUGUUUGAUUUUCCCUUUAAAAUGUUCUCGUGUUUCGUUGUACUGAUUUUCUUUGAUUUGUUCCAUUACAAUGCAAUCUAUCUUUUGGUUAUGUUUACUACAAUUUUAUCUAAUAAAAUUGUAAAAGUACUGUAUUUAUUUGAUUACUGCGACUGCUUGUAUACAAG